ACCCGCUCAACAAAAGUCCACUUUGCAUUCGCAAAAUGGCAACUGCAAGAAGUAAACAAUCAAAGAGUAAUCGGAAUCUCACUUUGACUGCUGUGGCACUUCAGGAUCAUUUGGCUAAAACGUUGAAUCUGAAAGACGGGUUAUCUUUGUCUAAAGCGAUUUCGAAUCAGAAUACAGUCAACUUGAAAUCAAAAAAUAUUGUCUUUAAGAAAGAUACAAAGAAUCUUAACAAAGAAUUCGUAAUAAAAUCAGCUUCCCAAAAUGUCACAAGGAACGUGACAUUGGCAGAAAAACUGGGUAUUGUAGAGUGUGAAGAAAAUCCUUGUUUGAAUGAAGAACAAUGGGCAAUUUUAAAGAUAAAAUCUAACUCGAGAGGUGAUUCGUCACAACCAUGUGCAAUAUGUAAGGAUAAUUAUAAUCAAUUUCGACAGCAAAUAUUAUUAUCAUGUAGUCAUGUUUUUCAUCGCCAAUGCAUAGCAUCAUUUGAAAAAUACUCAGGUAAAGCUAUUUGUCCUAUUUGUCGAAGAACAAACUAUGAAAAAAGAGUAAUAUUUGAUGGUUCAAUAAUUACUUUAAACAGAUCUGCCACUUUGAUACAAAAACACUGGAGGCGUUAUAUUGUACAAAAAAGGUACAUUCAACUUAGAGAGAAAAUACCACCAAGUGACAAAAAACUUAGAAGAAAGUAUUAUGAGCAAAAGUUCUUAAAACUUUCUGAUAAACUUGUUGAAUCAUACGACUAUCACUACGAAGAUGUGUCCCAGUUUAUUGAUUCGAUUGACCAAAAUUUGGUUUCUAGCAAGUCUGUAAUGAAGAGAUUUACUGAAAGAGACAUGCUUGAAAAUGAGUGGGAAAAUAUCCAAAUUAAAGCUAUUAAAAGAGGCAAAAAGGAAUGUCCAAUAUGUUUGUCAUUGCUAAAUGAUGGAAGCAAGGGAACCAUGUUGUUAUCAUGCACACAUGUUUAUCAUAUGCAAUGCCUUUUGGCUUACGAGCAAUAUAAUAAUAAGCAUGAGAAACUUUGCCCAGUGUGUAGAACAGAAUAUAAUAAAAGGAGUUUUUAGGUUUGAAACAAUUGUGUGAAGUAUUAACAUAACUUUCUUUCUGCUUAAAAAUAGUGGUGUUAAGGCAGAUUUAUAGUGAAGAAUACGAAAAAUUGAAUUGAAUUCUACUUUUUUAUACAAAUAAUCUGAACAGUCAAGUUUGUUGAAAAAAACCAACUAAUUUUGUUACAUUUGGUGAUACUUUUGUGUAUUAGGAUCAAUAGAAGGCAAGUGAGACAAGUGUGACUUUGAUUUAGGAAAAUACAGCUUGAUGUUGUCUGGCCUGGUUGGGGAAAGUUUUAACGCAGUACCUAAUCAAUACCUGACGAGAAGAAAGUGUUUAAAGAAAACACUUUUGCAGCUGUUGUAAAAAUUUUAAAACAUUAUUCCUGCAAAAUUUUCUAACUAGAAAUGGUCCAUGAGCAUUUUAAGGUAAUCCAAUAAAAAUAGUCAAAAAUUUAAAAAAAGGUAAGCUUGUAUUUAUUAAAAUGCGUUUUCUUGCAUGACUGACCUUUUAAUAAACAUGAAACAUUAUUAAAAUUAUUGGAAUGCUAAUAAACAAUGAAAAAUAUCUUUAUUUUUGUCGACCCGUAAAA